CGGAAAGUGCUCGUCACUUUUCUAUUGAGGAAGAUUGUCCCUCGGCGCACACCGUACGUCACCUAGCUAGCGAUGCUUUGAGAACAGGCUAGCAGCAGCUUCUGACAAGUCAGACGCUCGUCUGACGUCUUUUUAAACUCCUACGCUUGAAUGUAGCCAGGUUCUGAGCAACAUAACAACACCGUGGGUUUCUCUGCACUCGUCAACAUGGUCAACGUACACAAAGGUGUUCUUGUGGAAUGUGAUCCUGCCAUGAAACAGUUCCUCCUCUACCUGGAUGAAACGAUGGCCCUGGGAAAGAAGUUCAUCCUCAAGGACCUUGACGACACACACGUCUUCAUCCUGGCAGAGGUGGUGCAGACGCUCCAGGAAAGAGUUGGCGAGCUGAUGGAUCAGAAUUCAUUCCCCGCCUCGCAGAAAUAACACAACUGUCUAUUUGUUUUUUGCCUUUGGACGUUUUACAACUUAAUUAAAUGGGCACUGCAAUGUUUAUAAAAUACAGGCAAGACAUGGAGCAAUUGCUCUUCUUUUUUUGUUAACGUGAGAAAACCUUUAAGUAAAGAAAAUGGUGAAUUUUG